UUUAAUCAUGUUGUUCCGUACACUACCAUACACUCUUUAUAGGACUACGAAAUGACGGAGUUUUUACCGGUACCCGCUAAAUACGUUAAAUGUUAAGUAUUAGAUUUUUUAAAUGUUUAAAAUGUACAUGUAUAGGUAUUAAGCACUUAUAAUUAUUAUGAUUAAGCUGGCUAACAUUUAUACAGUAUGUAGUUUAUGGCAAUCUGUAUGGGCAGAUGACUAUAAAUGUUUUCAAUACGCUACAUAUCUUAUAAACGCAAAAUUGAGUAUUUGGCGUUACAUUACUCCAAGAAAUGAUCACUAAUACCACGAGAAGACAUGGAGGUAUCAUAAAAAGUGUGAACGGACCAGACAUUGCCACUUGUGGCAAUAUACACUCCACAGUACAAAUCAUCCAGUAAAUCUUGUGUGAAGAUGGAAGGUGGACUAGAGGGUGCUUUGGUAGUGGCUGCAGCAUUCUGCAUACAGAUUUUAGUAUUUGGAACUUCGCAGUCAAUCGGAAUGUUCUACAUUCAAUGGCAGCGAUAUUUCAGCAGAUGGGGGGCUGCAGUGUCGCUGGUGGGCUCGAUAAACCUUGGUGUCUUCCUUGGGGCAGGUCCAGUGUCAAGUCUGCUGUUGUGCAGGUGGUCACAUCGGCAGGUGGCUAUGCUGGGUGCAGUCCUCACCAACCUGGGCCUCAUUGUGAUACUGUUUGCUCCGAAUCUCGACUACAUGCAUGCAUUCUUCAGCGUUCUCACUGGUCUAGGUAACAGUCUGGUGUAUGUUUCAUCUCAUGUGCUCAGUGGCCUGUACUACAGCAAAUACAGAAGUCUGGCAACAGGCAUUGCCACAGCAGGCUCUUGUUUGGGAUCCACAGUGUUCCCCAUAUUGAUCCAUGAGUUGAUCCAGUAUUACGGCUUGCUUGGGUCCCUGUUCAUCAUAUCAGGCUUGAACCUCCACUUGCUGAUUUUCACUGCCCUGCUUUGGCCAGUUCCCAGGAGGACGCAGGUUCUGGUGUCAAGAGCCGAUAAUUUGGAGGAACCGGAAUCUGUGACACAUGGUGUAAACCAGAAUGUGGAAAUUGAAAUGAGAAGGGAUGCACUCAGUAGGUCAAUAUAUUGUGAUAAUGAGGAUCAUAAUGGCGGUGUGUCUGUACCUAGAGAGGUAUUAAAUCAGCAACUGGACAUAAAUAGUGAAUGUAAAGAUGAAAACCUAUGUGUAGAAAAUGUGAACAUAGACAAAAAUAAUGUAUCAUCACCACUGAUGUGGAGUACCAGUAAACCACAAGCAUCUGCAAGUCAAACAAAAACUAGAAUAACAGAUUUCCUCAUAUAUCUUCUGAGUAAUAUUUUUUGGAAUGCUGGGGCACGCAUCAUGCUGAUAUUCUUCGCUGAUGAUGCGUUCUCAAUGGGACUGAACAACCGAGACUUGAUCAUUCUGUUCGAUCUAAUAGGGCCUGCCAACUGUGUGGGGUGUGUCCUGGGUGGGAUGCUGGGCAACAUCAGGCAUUUCGACCGCAUUCAUGUCUACAUAUUGGGUAAUUUCGGGGCUGGUCUUCUUGCCUGUCUGAUUCCGUGGAAGGCGACCCACACAUUUUGGUGUUUAGCAAUAAUCGUCUUCCUGUUUUGGUUGAUGUACGGAAUCAUCCUAGGGUUAUUGGUUGUCGUGACGUCGGACCUGCUGGGUACGAAAGCACUGGGCUGUGGUUUUGGGUUCCUGACGUUUAGUCAUAUGAUAGGAACGUUCGGUGGACCGUGUAUUGCAGGUACUGGAUCGUUCGUUGGACCGCUGAUUACAGAUUGGUAUAUAGACUCGUUCGAGAAUAAUGACCUAGCAAUGUACUUAUCCGGUGGUUUCUUAAUCCUGGGUGGGGCAGUCAUGUGCCUGGUUCCACUGAGACGACGACUCUGUCACACCUCACACCCAACAGUUGUACGCUGUCAUGACCGAGAGGAAAUAAUAGAGCCACCUGACAGAUGCACGGGGAUCUGAGUGGAGUUUGUAUAAAAUGAGAUAACGUGCUCACAUUAAAACAUUUACCGGUGAUGAUUGUCUCGAAUGUUGGUCACAAGUAUAGAUGAUUGGAUUGUGGAUUAUUAAAGAACAGGUCAUUUGUUUGUAAACUAUCGAGGAACGGGUGAUUUGUUUGUAAACUAUCAAAAACAGGUAAUUGGAUUGUAAAUGAUAGAAAUACAUGUCAAGUUGCAAGAUUGUUUGUGACUGUUUGUAGUAUUAUGAAGUAGAUGUUUAGUGAUUGAUUUGAGUGCAUAUAAAGUGUCAGUGUUGAGAUUGAUUGAAGUGUGUAUAAAAACAUUUUUAUACGCCUGUUUUUCAAAACGGGACGUAUUAUAGUUUUGCCCUUGACCGGCGGCGUCCACAGCAGUUUCCGCUCUCUAUUUCCUUUUUUUUCAUCCGAUCUUCACCAAACUUAGUCAGAAGUUGUAUCAAGACAAUAUCUUGGUCAAGUUUGAAUAUGGGUCAUGCCGGGUCAAAAACUAGGUCAAGGGGUCACUUAGUGCAUUUCAAGGAUUUAGCAUGGUGUCCGCUCUCUUGUUGAAGUAGUUUAUAUCCGAUCUUCACCAAAUUUGGUCAGAAGUUGUAUCUAGACACUAUCUGGGUCAAGUUCGAAUAUGGAUCAUGCCGGGUCAAAAACUAGGUCACGAGGUCACUUAGUGCAUUUCAUGCAUUUAGCAUGGUGUCCGCUACUUAAUUGAAGUAGUUUUCAUCCAAUCUUCAUCAAAUUUAGUCAGAAGUUGUAUCUAGACAAUAUCUAGGUCAAAUUCGAAUGAGGGUUAUGCCGGGUCAAAAACUAGGUCACGGGGUCACUUAGUGCAUUUCAAGGAUUUAGCAUGAUUGUGUCUGCUCUCUAAUUGAAGUAGUUUCCAUCCAAUCUUCACCAAAUUUAGUCAGAAGUUGUGUCUUAAUGAUAUCUAGGUCAAGUUUGAAUAAGGGUCAUGCCGAGUCAAAAACUAGGUCACGAGUUCACUUAUUGCAUUUCAAGCAUUUAGCAUGGUGUCCGCUGUCUAAUUAAUGUAGUUUUCAUCCAAUCUUCAUCAAAUUUGGUCAGAAAUGGUAUCAAGACAAUAUCUAGGUCAAGUUCGAAUAUGGGUUAUGCUGGGUCAAAAACUAGGUCACAGGGUCUCUUGGUGCAUUUCAAGGAUUUAGAAUGUUGUCUGCUCUCUAAUUGUAGUAGUUUUCAUCUGAUCUUCACCAAAUUUGGUCAGAAGUUGUGUCUAAAUGAUAUCUAGGUCAAGUUCAAAUAUCGGUCAUGCCGGGUCAAAAACUAGGUCACUUAGUGCAUUUCAAGCAUUUAGCAUGGUGUUCAAAACCUUAAAACGAGCGUAUCUUGUGACAGUUUGGCACUCUCGUUAUGAUUGAUUUACAUGCACAGCCAAUCUGAUGUGAAUGAGCAAAUUUAUUGUGAAUGAGCAAAAUGUAUAUAAUUAUAUAGUCAGUGUUUUAUUAUUAAAUGAUUAGGGAUUUAGUUUUGUGCAUAUCAAGUCUACAACACAGUGCAUUUAUCUUAAGAAAAAUAGCAUAGAGUGAGGAUUGAUUCUCCGGUGCCUAGGUGGACACCAUAUCCAUAACACUAGUGGAGCUUUCCAGGUCCACACGGUUCUCUUGUCUUUUAACUAGUCUUGAUAUUCAUGUUUCAAUCUGUUUAAGCCCACUGUUUUUGGUCAUAAUUUAUUUCAAGAAGUUAGUUUAACAGUUAUUUGUUAUAACAGUAAUUUUAAUUUUUCAUGGCAAUUUUAUCCUUGGUAAAUGACAUAACAGUUUCACUAAAUGGCAUUAAAUUAACAUGUACAUUG